UGAAGAUGGCGGCGUCCUGUGACAGGUCGUGUGUUGUGAUAGUAGUGCGUUAAGUCGAUUCCUGUUAUAAAGUCUAUGUUUUUCCAACAUUACAAAUGUCACGCAGGUUAAAUUCACGCCGGGACGUCAGCAGUAGACAGUUGUGAUAGAGUUUAAACAUGGUAGCACGUACCUGAAUGACAUUUCAGGUAACUGUGUCCUCGAGAGAGAAAUGCUUCCUUCUACAUGGUCUCGACUGAGCUGCAGGACGUUAUGCAGCCGAGGACAGAGGACACUGAGUCUGUUCUCCAGCUCAGGACCUUCGAACGUGAACAAAGUGGUAUCCGACGCAGAGAAGAUAGUCGGAUAUCCAACCUCCUUCAUGAGUCUGCGCUGCCUCCUCAGCGAUGAACUCAGCAACGUCGCCAUGCACGUCAGGAAACUGGUGGGAACUCGGCACCCACUGCUCAGCACUGCAAGAGGCUUUGUCUACGACAACAGGAACAACCUCCAGAUGAGGGGCGUGAUUGUCCUCCUCAUGUCAAAAGCUGCGGGGCCGAGUCAAGUAGCAUCUGAUCUUCUGGCUCAGGACAUGGUCAGCGGCAUCUACCCCAGCCAGAGGAACCUGGCAGAAAUCACGGAGUUGAUCCACACAGCGUUCCUGGUGCAUCGUGGGAUAGUGAAUCUGAAGGAGUGGACCGUUUCAGACGGCCCGCUGAAGGACAUGCAGUUUGGCAAUAAGAUGGCCAUCCUCAGUGGCGACUUCCUGCUAGCCAACGCUUGUACCGGACUGGCCCAGCUGAAUAACACUAAGGUUGUCGAGCUGAUCUCAAGUGCCAUCGGCGAUUUAGUCCAAGGAAUCUACUAUGAAGGUUCAACUAAUACUGAGGAGAGCAGCCUCGCCGACAGAGUCGACGUGGCGACUUGGGAGGAGCAGAUGUUCCUGUCCCACGGGUCGUUGCUCGCCAAGAGCUGUCAGGCUGCGAUGGAACUGGCCAAACACGACAAAGAGUCACAAAGACUGGCCUACAAGUACGGCAAGCAUUUAUCACUCGGCCACAAGCUGAACUCUGACCUGCAGCCGUUUUUGAAGAGCAGCGUCGUAGAGCCGCCGUCGUUCAGUCUGAGCGCCGCCCCGGUCGUGUUCCACCGUCAGAUCGUCGGUCAGGAGAGGUGGCAUCAGCAGCUGCAGCAGGCUAAAACGCUGAGAAACCAGCUGGAUUACUCCAAGCUUUUGGCAGCAGUUAAGUCGGAGAAAGGCAUGAGCUCAGCGGUCGACUUAUGCUGUUACCAUGGCAACAAGGCUCUGGAGGCCAUCCAGGCUUUCCCCUCAUCCGAGGCUCGGUCUGCCUUGGAGAACAUCGCCUCCGCCAUCACCAAAUUUUGACCUGGACACACACACACACACACACACACACACACACAUAGAGAGACUGCAUUUUUAAAACGAGGUGUCUUUGUCUGCAGAGGCGACACUUCAGAGACACGUGAACUUGGUCUGAGCCAAGUGUUGGCUCAUGUCUGGAUAAACCGUCAGAUACAUAACGGCCAUAACCAAAAAAAAAAAUGAAAUAAAAACAUACGACUUUAGAAUUAUGUU